CUUGUUUUUCACAUCUCCCAUCAUCACGGGACAUCAAAGAAAGUGAUUUUUGGAAACAUUGUUAGUGCAGACACACAUCAUGGACAUUACCAACUGAUUUAUAGUCUGGCAACAUGUAGAGGGUCGUCUGGUGGACCUGUCUUUGUUAUUCCUGAAGAUAUUUAUGACAUAAACAAUAAAUUAAAAAACUUAGAAUCCAUUUUUAGUGUCCCACACUCAAGACAUCAUGGCAAUGUGUUGAAUUCAAGUUCAUCGUGGACUGUGUAU